CCCAUGGUUCUGGUUCAUCCAAUGUACAACGAAAAAGAGGUUUAUCAGUUAUCGAUCGGAGCAGCAUGCGGGUUAUCAUGGCCGUCUGAUCGGAUUAUCAUACAAGUUCUGGAUGAUUCAACAGACCCAAUAAUCAAGGAGCUGGUGAAGGCGGAGUGCGGGAGAUGGGCGAGCAAAGGAGUAAAUAUAAAGUACGAGAUAAGAGAUAACAGGAAUGGGUAUAAGGCAGGGGCGCUUAAAGAAGGAAUGAAGGCGAGCUACGUGAAAGAGUGCGAUUACGUCGCCAUAUUUGACGCCGAUUUCCAGCCGGAGCCGGAUUUUCUGUGGCGGACCAUUCCGUUUCUCCUCCACAACCCUGAGUUGGCUCUGGUUCAGGCUCGUUGGAAAUUCGUGAAUGCUGAUGAGUGCUUGAUGACGAGAAUGCAAGAAAUGUCAUUGGAUUACCAUUUCACUGUUGAACAAGAAGUUGGGUCCUCUACCUAUGCCUUUUUUGGCUUCAAUGGGACUGCGGGAGUAUGGAGAAUUCAUGCUCUGAAUGAGGCAGGGGGAUGGAAGGACAGGACGACAGUAGAAGAUAUGGAUUUGGCUGUGAGAGCCAGUCUUAAAGGCUGGAAAUUUCUUUACCUCGGUACCCUCAAGGUGAAAAAUGAAUUACCCAGUACUUUCAAGGCUUACCGAUACCAACAACAUCGUUGGUCAUGUGGUCCGGCGAACCUUUGCCGGAAAAUGCUGAUGGAAAUUAUUAGAAACAAGAAAGUAUCAUUAUGGAAGAAGGUACAUGUGAUAUACAGCUUCUUCCUGGUUAGGAAGAUCAUAGCUCAUAUAGUUACAUUCGUUUUCUACUGCGUCGUAAUGCCUGCAACUGUUCUGGUGCCUGAGGUUUACGUUCCCAAAUGGGGAGCCGUUUAUAUUCCUUCCAUUAUCACUCUCCUCAACGCCGUGGGAACUCCCAGGUCUCUCCAUUUAAUGGUUUUCUGGAUCCUUUUUGAGAACGUAAUGUCAUUGCAUCGGACCAAGGCUACUCUCAUCGGCCUGCUAGAGGCAGGGAGAGUAAACGAAUGGGUUGUGACCGAGAAACUAGGAGGUGCUCUCAAAGCCAAAGCAGCGACAAAAGCAUCCAAGAAACCUCGUUUCAAACUUGGAGAAAGAGUUCAUUUAUUGGAGCUUGGUGUUGGAGGUUUCCUCUUUUUUUGUGGGUGUUAUGAUUUCGCCUUUGGUAAAAAUCACUAUUUUCUGUACCUUUACGCCCAAGCAAUUGCCUUUUUCAUCGCCGGAUUUGGGUACAUAGGCACCAUUGUUCCCAACACUUAGUGCAGCUCUUGAAGUUUGACCAAUUUAAGGCAAGUUUUUUUCUGGGUAUCCAUCAGAAUUUGCCUAUGAUUUGGCAUUCAAAGCCACAUUGUGUUUCAUUUUUAGCAUGUAUAAAAGGAUUUGAGAAGCAGUCAUUCUUUUAGGUUGAUCAUAAAGUAUUUCGGGUUGGAUUAAUUGCUCGAAAGUGAUUUAGUUCUCUUGUGAAUAUCCAAGAAGUUAGGGAAAUUAUAGAGGAGAUUGUAAGGGGAUUUGCAUCAUACAGAUCAGAUAAGCAGCAGCAAGUCAAUGCAGCUUAUAAGUUUUUAUCUUGGAAUAGAUAGAUUGAACAUUUCGGUUUGGAUUGCUUAUAAUCUAAAGUUACUUAUCUAGAUUUCUUUUGGGUUCUGGUUGAAGUUUGCUUAAGAAAGUAAUAAGCUUGCGGAGAGUGGGAAACAGUUGAAGUAGAGGGCUAUGCUUCUCUUUUUUGAUCUUUUUCUUUUGAAAAAACUAUUUUGCUGUAAUAUUCCAUGUCAGUUAAUCUCUCAACUAAUGGAA